CAUCCCAAGGAGCAUUCCCAUUGGAGAUAUUUAGACCAAGCAUCCCUCUCUCCUUUCUCUUUCCACUCUCCCACCUGCUACUCUCUUGGCCUUUCGCUCUUUGCGCUGUUUCCCAGCUUGCUUUUCCCUUUUAUCUUUUCUCUCACUUUCUACAUUUUCAUCUGAAACUUGCCCUUCAUGUCGACUUGCUUUGAUUCUUGUUGAGGAACCCGAAAAGCUUUAAUGGAAUCUUAAGUAACUUUGUUCUUCGUUUUCUUCUUUGUUCUUAUUUUUAGCAAAAGAAAAGCAGAACUUUCAUUCGUUGCGGGUGGAAGCCAGAAUAUGUCGAAGACUGGUGCAUUGGAUCUCGCCUCGGGUCUCGGUGGCAAGAUUGAAAAAACCGAUGUCCUUUCUGCUGUCGAAAAGUAUGAGAAAUAUCAUUUCUUUUAUGGUGGUGAGGAGGAAGAAAGAAAAGCCAACUACACUGACAUGGUUAACAAGUACUAUGAUCUGGUUACCAGCUUUUAUGAGUUUGGAUGGGGGGAAUCUUUCCAUUUUGCGCCUAGAUGGAAUGGGGAGUCUCUUCGCGAGAGCAUAAAGCGGCAUGAGCAUUUUCUUGCUUUACAACUUGGCUUGAAGCCUGGACACAAGGUGUUGGAUGUUGGAUGUGGAAUUGGUGGACCACUGAGAGAAAUUGCUCGAUUCAGCUCCACAUCAGUUACAGGGUUGAACAACAAUGAAUAUCAAAUAGAAAGAGGGAAGGAAUUAAAUCGCAUUGCUGGAGUGGACAAGACUUGCAACUUUGUGAAGGCCGACUUUAUGGAGAUGCCAUUUCCUGACAGCAGCUUUGAUGCAGUUUAUGCAAUUCAAGCUACCUGCCAUGCACCGGAUGCACACGGAUGCUACAAGGAGAUUUUCAGAGUAUUGAAGCCUGGUCAGUAUUUUGCUGCUUCUGAGUGGUGCAUGACCGAUUCUUUUGAUCCCAAUAACCAGGAACACCAGAAAAUUAAGGCAGAAAUUGAGAUCGGCGAUGGUCUUUCAGACAUCAGGUUGACCAGACAGUGCCUGGAAGCUCUAAAACGGGCUGGUUUUGAGGUCAUAUGGGAGAAAGAUGUUGCCGUUGACUCCCCCGUCCCUUGGUACUUGCCUGUAGAUAAAAACCACUUCUCAUUGAGUAGCUUCCGUGCAACGGCUAUUGGACGCUUCAUCACUAGGAAUAUGGUCAAGGCUCUAGAAUUUGUGGGAUUUGCUCCAAGGGGAAGUCAAAGGGUUCAAGAUUUUCUGGAAAAGGCUGCAGAUGGGUUGGUUGAAGGUGGCAGGAAAGAGAUCUUUACGCCUACGUAUUUCUUCUUGGCCCGAAAACCACUUUCAGAGAACCAGAGCCAGUCAUUCGAUGAUGCAGGAACUAAUUAGCCUAUCUGAAUGACUGGAAACUGCAUUUGGAAUGGAAAAACAACCCCCCCCCCCCCCCCCCCCCCUUGUCUUUGCCUUAUGGCUCGCGCUCUUUUAACUGCUUUAAGUCAUUCUAAACUCAAAUAAAAUCUAUGUCAUGUAAGAAUAUAUGUAUACACAUUUUCAUUUUAUGCAAUAAAAACUACUUUAUAUUA